AUGACUGUUCCAACACCCCCGACCAAACUCACGGGGCACUGUUCCGUCAUCUACGGCAACACCCUCUACGCCUACUCGCCUGACGGAUUUUUGUCAAUCCCGCUGCAAAAAAAUGGUAACUGGACAACAUUAGAAUCUGCAAAGGCAAAUGUCACCGGCGCAGCUUGUGUCACCGGUGCAAUUGAUGGUAACGACGAUGAAGAAGGACUUUACGUGAUCGGCGGGACCGGCGCCUCGUCCGGCUAUUCCGGUCUUCAGCGAUACUCCUUUGCAAACAAGACGUGGACAAUGCUUCAGUCCAGUACAACUUCCCUGACGAAUCGCCUAUACCAUGGAGCUGCUUACAUCAAGUCGAAUACUACUCUCUUGGUUUAUGGAGGUAGCGUGGACUCCAAGGCUGCGUCGUCUUCAACCUUCACGAUCUCUACGUCACCUCCCUACGACGUGGUUUCUCAAACCGACAAUGGCGCCCCUGCAGCUCUCAGUCCCAUGCUUCUACCGUGGAGUGAUUCGGAGGUCGCUCUGGUUGGUGGCUCCACUGCGACUGCCAUUUAUACCUACCGUAUGUCAGGGGGCUGGGUAAACUCAGGAGCGAGCUUGUCAGAUGCUGUGCCAUCGGAUAUUCACUGUGCUCUUGUCGAGUCGGAGAACAGCAAGAUAUUGAAGUCUUUCGAUAUGAGUGUUUCUCCCAACACCGUGACUAGCUACGCUCUGGUCAAAGAUGGGACAACCGAGAGCCCGGCUGGUCAAGUGGGAGUUGCAUCUACGAAGCGAAGCUCGAGCGAUUACCCGACAUACAACAGCACGUUCGCGCCGACCACGACUCGGUCAAAUUACGCACUUGCUCAAGGAGACGAUUUGGUUGUGAUUUCGAGUGGAAAGGGUGAUGACUCCCUUGCCAUCUUCAACUCAACAUCCAACGGCUGGGUCAACGCAACCGAACUUUUCUAUGGUAGCGGCACACAACAUGUAUUGAAAGCAACCACCACUACAUCGACAACUUCUACGACGCCCACAGCCACCUCAUCUUCGACAGCGACUUCUCACACCGCCACCUCCACCCCCGCUGCAGGGGGUAGCUCUGGCGAGAACUACAAGGUCAUCAUUGGUGCUACCUUGGGCACGCGAGAGGCAGAGGAGAGAGCAGAACGGCCAAGGAAAGGGGGAGAUAACAAAGAUCGACUCAGCUUCCAGGACCGGGGCAUAGAACCCCUGGCUAACGGUGCCUACCCCAUGGCAAGGAGUCCGGUUCCAGUGGCUUCGAUGUCGAAUGACUCGCUCGCCAUAAUGUCCGGGCGGGCUACCGGAGAAAAGGGACUGAUGCCUCCUUCUGCUAAUAUGGGCUAUGGACUUGCGAAGGGCAAGAGCAGCCCGCUCUCCACAAUCCCGUCCAGUGGCCUUGCCCCGUCCAGUGUGUAUUCCGAAGACGUGCGUCAAUCAGUCGCCAGCACCGCCCCUGGCAACCAACCCGGCGACCGGACCACAGACGAAGGAUGGGGCAAGUACUUCCAAGACGGUAACGCGACGAACCUCGCUGGAAUGCAGUCCGAUCGCUCAACCGUCAGCUCCAUCUACACGAAAUCCGACUACCGCGGCAGCGCCUGGCCCAUGUCAAAUCUGGCCCCCUUGAACUUCGGCUUCCUCGACCGGCCCCAGCCCCUAGGCCGUGUCUACAGCGGCAGUCCAACGACCGCCAUCCCAUCCUCGAACCACAGCCUCGUGAUUCCCGAAGGGCAAUCCGCACGUAUCUCCAGCGCAAGCUCACUCAGUAUGGAUUCCGAGGACGACCCCCAUGACACGAACUGGGCCGGUGCAGGGCAGAACAGCUGGCUCGGCCGCCCGCCGAGCAGCAACUACACAACUAGCUUCUACAAUACCAGCACAAAUGACAUCCCGUCACAAGGAGCCCGCCAACCGGGCAACAACCGCCGGUCUAGCGUCAUCAUACCCGAAGAUAUCAACGAGCUCCCAAUCCAGGGUCAAAAAGAAAAUGUCAAUGCUGAUAUGAGCUGGCUCAACCUCCAAGCCGGUCGAUAA